AUGAGUCGCAAAGAAGCUCUGUCAUCCUUUAUCCAGCAGAUACACGGCCGCCCGGUCGUGGUCAAAUUGAACAGCGGCGUUGAUUACAGAGGAGUGCUGGCAUGCCUGGAUGGCUACAUGAACAUAGCCCUAGAACAAACAGAAGAGUAUGUGAACGGUCAGCUGAAGAACAAGUAUGGUGACGCAUUCAUCCGUGGCAACAAUGUUCUAUACAUCAGCACCCAGAAGCGAAGGAUAUAA